AAUCCUAAUCUGAUUUGCAUUACUGGAAAUGCUGGAAUAGCUGUAUCUGAAAUGGAAUCUGAAGAAGCUAUAAACUUGCUUUUUAAUGCUAGUGAUCUUAAAGAAAUAAAUAAUGAAAUUAAUAGAUAUGCUAAAGCUAUAGUAUUUGAGCUUGGUUAUAUACCAUUAGCAAUUGAUCUUGCUGGAUCAUCUAUUCAAUAUGGCUAUUAUACAAUUUAUGAUUAUCUUGAGUUGUUUGAUAAAAAUCGUAAAGAGAGAUUAACAGAAAUAGGUCUCUUUGAAAAAAAGCAAAAUAUAUAUGGAGCAUGGAAUCUAUCAUUAAAAGCAAUACAAUCUCAAGCACAAAAAAAUGACUCAUCAGCAAUUGAUGCACAAUAUGCAUUGAAAAUAUUAGAACUAUUUGCAUUUUUCUACAAUAAAAAUAUAUCUGAAGAAAUAUUUAAUCGUGCAGCUACAACAAAUAAUUCUGAUAAUAAUUGUAUUAUAGAAGACAGCUAUAAUAAAUUGUUAGAGACAACUGAAAGUAAUAAGUGGAAUUUUAAACUAUUUCGAAAAGGCAUAUCAAUUUUAUUAGCUUGCUCACUUAUUAAAAAAACAGAAAAAAACAGAAUUCCUAUAUAUUUUAUACAUUCAUUAGUACACAAAUGGUGUCUUGAUAGAUUACAAGAGGUAGAAAAACAAAGUGCUUUUAAUACUGCAAUAAUUAUAAUAGCAAAAUCAGUACCAAAUAAAUGGAAUAAAGAGGAUUAUAUUUUUCUUCAAACUCUGAGUUUACAUUUAAAAGAUAACAUACUGAAUAAAGAUAUUUAUAUAAUUAAACAGUUUGUAAAAGCAUUUUUUCAUAAUGGUAAAUGGAAAGAUGUAGAGAGGUUAGAAUUAAAAGUAUUAUCAGCAACAAAGCAUGCUUUAGGAGAAGAUCAUCCAGACACAUUGAGAUUUAUGAGUAAUUUAGCCUUAACAUACUGGAAUCAAGGUUGAUGGAAAGAGGCAGAAGAGCUGCAAUUAAAAGCGUUAUCAGAAAGAAAGCAUGCUUUAGGAGAAGAUCAUCCAGACACAUUGACAUUGUUGUAUUUUGAACUAUAUCCUAGUACAAUGCUAUUGAGACCUCUAGUCUCUGGGUUACAAACUCGUGAGGAGUUUACCCAUUUACUUCACAUAUUUAUACUAAACUACACCUAUUCUAGUAAUUUCUAUACAAUCAUUCUCUUACCAAUUUCUUACUCAGCA